AUGAACAUUUAUUCUGAAAGUGAAUUUCGACGACGUUUCCGAUUGUCGAAAGACAGUGUGCGAUACUUAUAUGAUUUGAUCGGUGCUGAGUUAGACCCAUUGAAAUCACGUGACGGGUUCACCAUAAGUGGAUUAGAUAAAAUUUUGCUCACUUCAAGGUAUUACGCAACGGCCAGUUUUCAUAUUGCCACUGCCGAUUUUUAUGGUGUAAGCGAAUCAUCAGCGUGUAAUAUUGUGCCUAUAGUUAGCGACAAGAUUGCUGCUCUACGUGCACAAUUCAUACAAAUGCCUGUUGUAGAUGAUGAAAUUGAGCAAAACAAAUGUGACUUUUUUAGCGUGGCUGGAAUGCCGGGUAUUAUCGGAGCAGUGGAUGGCACUUUGGUCAAAAUCCAAGAAGUUGGCGAGUUUAAGGUAUCGUUGGAAAG